ACAAGCUUUAGAUGGAUUAGGAACUAACAAAGAAAAUGGCAACUGAUCAUCGUUUCUUGCUUGUUUUUCUGAUCAUCUGCAGCGCCUCAACGCUCUUGCAAGCUGCAGAGAUAAAAGCAGAAGCAUCAGGUGAUUGCCAAAGGAAAUGUGGUGAUAUAGAAGUUCCUUAUCCAUUUGGCAUGAGCAAGGGAUGCUACCUCGAUGAAACAUUCAGAAUCAUUUGCAAUGAGUCAACUGGUUCUGCUUCUCUAGCUUUGUUAGACUGGGAGGUAGAGAGCAUCAAUAUCUCAAUGCACACGCUGCGACACAAGAAUUUCCGUGGUGUAACGCUUCCGUUUAAUGGAUCAGGAGGGCCUUAUGUUUCUUUCUUCCGACCGGUUUUACAGCAGCAUUACAGUAUAUCCAAGGCCAUGAAUCAGUUUGUUGCGAUGGGGUGUGAUAUUAUAGUCUACCUUAUUGAUGAAGACACCAGCAAGGUCCAGGGAUCGUGCUCGUCUCUCUGCAACCCCAACGACACAGUCCCUGCGCAGCUUUCUUCUUGUUCCGGCCUGUUUUGCUGCGAGAUAAGUUUCCAAGAAACUCUAAGAAAUUUGUCUGUAAGGGUACAGAGAACGGAUUACAUGACAAAAGCCUGGGAAAAUCAAUGUGGUUUCUUUACUUUUGUGGAGAAGGAUUUCCUUAGUUUCAAUAACAUGAAAUUCUCUACAUGUAAUGAAAGCUAUGUUGUCCCGAUGAUACAUGAAUGGGCAGUUGGUAAUACAGGCUGCAAUAAAGCAAGGGAAAGCAUAGAUGCAUACGUGUGUGGCCAGAAUACUCAUUGCAUUGACUAUUAUCCAGCUCAGGGAUACAGAUGCAAAUGCAACAUCGGCUACCGAGGCAACCCUUAUCUCCCUCAAGGCUGCCUGGACGUUGAUGAGUGUUCCAAUUGGGAAGAUAACAACUGCCCCGUGAAAACUCAUUGUGUUAACACACAUGGCAGUUACUUCUGUUUGCCUAAUCGUACACGUACGCUUGAACUGCUGAUCCCAUUAGGAACCGGCCUCGGUGUUGGUUUUCUGAUAUUAGUUGCCAUUGGCAUCUGGACUUGGAGAAAGAUUAAACAAAUAAAGGAAAGCAAAAUGAAGCAGAAUUUUUUCAGGAGAAAUGGGGGUCUACUACUGCAACAGCGGAUAUUCUCAACCUGGGGAAGUGCACUACUUGAAUUGACACUUUUCAAGAUUGAGGAGCUGGAGAAGGCGACAGACAACUUCAGCGGAAGUCGUGUUCUAGGGAAAGGAGGACUUGGCACCGUCUACAAGGGAAUGUUAUCAGACGGAAGAAUAGUUGCCGUAAAGAAGGCUAACAUAAUCGAUGACAGUCGACAAGUUCGGCAAUUCGUAAAUGAGGUUUCCAUCCUGUCACAGAUCAACCACAGGCACAUAGUCAAGUUAUUGGGCUGUUGUUUAGAAACUGAAGCUCCAUUGCUCGUAUAUGAAUACAUAUCUAACGGCACCCUGUCGCAGCAUCUUCAUAAUGAGCCUCACAGCUGCAGGUUUUCUUGGGAGAAUCGGCUACGGGUUGCUGCUGAAGUUGCUGGGGCGCUGGCUUACAUGCACUCCUAUGCUUCAACAGCCAUAUUCCACAGAGAUGUAAAGUCGAGCAACAUAUUAUUAGACGAAAAUUACAAGGCUGUAGUAUCUGACUUUGGACUCUCAAGAUCAGUACCCAUUGACAAAACUCACUUGACAACAUUGGUAGGAGGCACAUUUGGUUAUCUGGACCCUGGGUAUUUCAGGUCUGGAAAACUAAAUGACAAGAGCGAUGUUUAUGCAUUUGGGGUCGUUCUUGCCGAAAUCCUUACAGGACAAAAGGCUGUCUCUGUCGAAGAUGAUCAGGGAUUGGCGUUCCGUUUCCGAUCAGCAGUUAAGGACGAUAGUUUGUUUCACAUUGUGGAUAAAGUAGUGGUUUCUGAAGGUAAGGAGGAGGAAAUUCUUGCACUGGCUAAGCUAGCUAAGAGAUGUUUGAAAAUAAAAGCGCAUAAUAGACCAAGUAUGAAAGAAGUGGCAGCAGAACUGGAUCAACUGAGAAAGACAAAGGAGGUUCCAGGACAUCAGGAGAGCUUAUGGAGAGAAUACAGUUCGGUGAGUGAGAACUGCAACAGUUUUAGCAUUGGUCCUCAAGCAGAGGAAGAUCAUCUUCUUCCAAUUUCCUUCUAGGCCUGCUACGAAGUAUCACCGGGUAAGUAAAAGUUUAUGCCAAAUUACAUGGUGAAAGUCUAAAAUAUUAAAUUAGUUAUCAAAUUAUAUAUAUAUAUAUAUAUAUACAUUUUGUUUAGAGUUUCAAUUUAAAAAUGGUUUGGGUUAAAUGCAAUUUACUCUAUGUGACAUGUCGAAUGAAGAAAAAAUUUCCUGUGGAAA